GUCACAAAGAAAGGCACUGCUCAAGGGGAAGAGACCAAACCUUUCAGUUCCGAUUAUGGAUUGUCAUUACAAAAACUGUAACUUCCUUGUCUGUCAGUAGCAGAGUGAGUUAGACAGCCAGCAGUCCUGCCACUGCCUGUGCUCGCCCUGAGCUCCUGUGAGGGCAGAGGGCGUACAGUUUGUGCUGUGAAGAGCUACAUGAAGUAAUAAUGGAAAAUGGCAGGAGAUAAAGCUUUACCAUCUGUUAGUGAAAUAGUGAGUGUUUGGAAGGGCUCCCACCUCACAGACCUGCUCUCCCUCCAGAAAUAACAAGAGGCUACACGGCAUUUCGUCUCCUACUAAAUGUACUUAAUGCCUACAGAGGUGGGACAUCCACUUCAGGCAAAUUUCAGAGAAAUCAGCCAGCUUCGGAGUAACACAGAAGAGUGCCUCUGUCUUGCAUGAUGUAAAACACCAGAAAAAUCCUGAAAUGAGUCACUACAAAUGCAACCACCUUGUACAUUCAAGCCCACAGUCUGAUGAUGCCUUUCCACCUACAGCCAUUCUUUUUGAAUACUGUCUCAACAUAAAGGACACAGACAAAUCUGGCUGGAUGCCUCUUCACAUAGCUGCAGGGUCACUGAACACAGAGGCAAUAGCAGCUUUAAUUGCAUCUGGAGCAAAUACCAAUUUUACUACUACAACUUGUGGCAGAACUGCCCUUCACAUCGCAGUGCGCGCAGCAUCAUCCAAGGCAAGCAGAAUUUUAGGUGUUAACACAGAUUGCAUCUCUUUACUAUUAAGUAAUGGAGCCAAUGUAAAUAUUCAAGAUCGUGAAGGACGAACACCUGUGCACGAGGCCUGCUCAGGGGGUAGGAGGGAAAUAGUUGAUCUCCUCUUAGAGUAUAAAGCAGAUAUGAACAGUCUAACAAGAGACGGGCAAUCUCCAGUCUUUCUGUUUCUUCAACAGAGAUCACAUUUAAAAGACAGAGCACUGCUGAACAAGUUACUGGGAUUCUCAUAUCCACUGAUGUUAAGAGAUAAUCAAGGAAAUCUGCCCACUGGCCUUCUGUUCUCAGAAUUCCAAAUGCUGAAGGACUUCCUUCUAACAUUAUCACAGAAAUUACUGUCCCUGGAGGAUAUCUGCAAGAUCACUGUUAGAAGAAUAUACGGAGAAAACAGCAAGUACUGGCUCAAAAGCAGGCUUCCAGCAACUGUAUGGAAUUCAUUAUACAGCUAUCAGGAUAUAGGAAAAUAUGUCUGUGAUGACAAUGAACAGGAAGGCAAACUCAAAUGCUGUAAAGCCUGAACAGCCUGUAGAGAAAUUAAAAUUGAUCCAGAAUGAA